AUGGCUGACAAAGCCCUCACGCCGGCCGAAAACCGCGAAGAAAAGAGACGCCUCUUCGAAGCGCAAAAAACCUACGGCCGCGGCAAAGCAGUCCAAACCCGAACAAUCAAGAACCAAAAGCUCAAGCGAAACCUCAAAGCCGUCGAAGACAAAGUCAAGGAUGCGACUCUAAAGGCCAAAGAUGCCGAGAUCCUGUUGGAACAUGAAGCGGGUUUCCUCGAGCCCGAGGGAGAGCUGGAGAGGACGUAUAAGGUUCGCCAGGACGAUAUCCGGGAGAAUGUUGGGAUUGAGACGGCGAAGAAGGGAUUUGAGUUGAAGUUGGAGGAUCUCGGGCCGUAUCGCGCGGAUUAUUCUCGUAAUGGGCGCGAAUUGCUGCUGGCUGGGAGGAAAGGGCAUGUUGCGACGAUGGAUUGGCGGAAUGGCAGGCUGGGAUGCGAGUUGCAGUUGAAUGAGACUGUUCGGGAUGCGAAGUGGCUGCAUAAUAACCAGUUCUUUGCUGUCGCGCAGAAGAGGAACGUCUAUAUUUACGAUCACAAGGGUGUCGAACUGCAUUGUCUCAACAAGCACCUCGAACCGCUGUUCUUGGAAUUCCUUCCCUACCAUUUUCUUCUUGCAAGCGCGCAAAUGAGCGGCUUCCUCAAAUACACCGACACAUCCACCGGCCAAAUGGUCGCAGAGCUCCCCACCCGCCUAGGCAGUCCAACAGCCCUCGCUCAAAACCCUUACAACGCAAUCCUCCACGUCGGCCACCAAAAUGGAACCGUCACCCUAUGGUCCCCCAACUCCCAAGCCCCCCUCGUCAAAGCCCUCGUUCACCGCGGCCCCGUCCGCUCCCUCGCAAUGGACCGCCAAGGCCGCUACAUGGUGUCAACAGGCCAGGACCAGAAAAUGAACGUCUGGGACAUCCGCAUGUUCCGUGAAGUCCACUCCUACUCCUGCUACCAACCAGGCUCCUCCGUCGCAAUCAGCGACCGCGGUCUCACAGCUGUCGGCUGGGGCACACAGGUCAGCGUCUGGCGGGGCCUCUUCGACGCCGCACAGGCAGACCAGGGUAAAGUGCAAAGCCCCUACAUGGCCUGGGGCGGCGACGGCCAACGCAUCGAGAACAUGCGUUGGUGUCCUUACGAAGAUGUCCUAGGUGUCACGCACGACAAGGGCUUCGCAUCCCUCCUCGUCCCAGGAGCCGGAGAACCCAACUACGACGCCCUCGAGGCAAACCCCUACGAAAACACGCAUCAGCGCCAAGAGGCCGAAGUCCACGGCCUGCUCAACAAGCUCCAGCCAGACAUGAUCUCGCUAGACCCGACCUUCAUCGGAAAACUGGAUACCAUCAGAGACCAGAAAAACCAGGAAGAGCGACAGGCAAGGGAUCCGGAUUACAAGGCGCCGGAUCCGAUGGAGAAAAUCAAGAAUCGCGGGAGAGGCAGGAACAGUGCUUUGCGGAAAUAUCUGCGCAAGAAGGGCCGCAGCAAUGUUAUCGACGAGCGGAGGCUCAAGGCGGAGCAGUUGCGAAAGGAACAUGCUGCGAGGACCAAAGACAAGGUGCAGGCAGAGAGGGAGGCGCUGGGGCCUGCGUUGGGGAGGUUUGCGAAGAAGGAGCUGUAG